GAUUUAUCGCUUCCAGUCAUUUGCCCCUCCCCUUCGGGUUCUCACACGGCGGCGGCAACCCCGGCCUCCACCUAGCGUCCUAAUACACACACGCACGCACAUCGCGCAGGCAGGCAGUGGCACUCGCAACACAGCCACGGCCGUUCCAUCAGGCAUGGCACAGGCCUCUACUUCAUUAUGGCAGCAGCGCGACACAGCACUCUGGACUUCAUGCUCAGCGCCACAGCUGAUUGUAAUGCCAUUUUUAAAAGUCUACAAUCUAUCUUCCAAAAGGAGGGAAUGACAGAGACUAUUCAUAACUGGGAAAAUCAUGGUUACCUAGCAACAUACGUCAAUAAAAAUGGCUGCUUUGCGAAUCUGAGAAUUUAUCUUCAUGGUUUGGUUUUGGUUGAUGUACAGAGUUGCAAUGAUUUGAAUGAGAAAGAAGAAACAGAACAGCUUCUAAAUAAAGUAGAAGAAAAAAUGAAAGAAUUAUUUCAUAAAAGUAUCAAAAGGAUAAAGCGCUUGCCAGUCAUUAUGAGAGGGGAUGCCAUUGAUAGAUACUGGCCUACAGCAGAUGGGCGAUUGGUGGAAUAUGACAUAGAUGAAGUUGUAUAUGACGAAGAAUCAGCUUAUCAGAAUAUUAAAAUUUUACAUUCAAAACAAUUUGGAAAUAUUCUUAUCCUCAGUGGGGAUGUUAAUCUGGCAGAAAGUGACCUAGCAUAUACAAAAGCUAUAAUGGGGAGUGGAAAGGAAGAUUACACCAACAAAGAAGUGCUCAUUCUUGGAGGUGGUGAUGGAGGAAUAUUGUAUGAAAUUGUCAAAAUGAAACCAAAGAUGGUCACCAUGGUAGAGAUUGACGAAAUGGUGAUUGAUGGGUGUCGAAAAUACAUGCGUAAAACAUGUGGAGAUGUCUUGGACAAUAUAAAAGGAGAAUGCUAUCAGGUACUAAUAGAAGAUUGUAUCCCAGUCCUGAAGAGAUAUGCCAAAGAAGAAAGAAUGUUUGAUUAUGUAAUUAACGAUUUGACAGCUAUUCCAAUCUCCACAUCUCCAGAAGAAGAUUCCACAUGGGAGUUUCUACGAAUGAUUCUGGACCUUUCAAUGAGAGUCUUGAAACCUGAUGGAAAAUAUUUCACCCAGGGAAAUUGUGUCAACCUCACAGAAGCCUUGUCUCUCUAUGAAGAACAGCUUGGCAGAUUAUAUUGUCCUGUGGAAUUCUCAAAAGAAGUUGUAUGUGUCCCCUCAUACAUGGAGCUAUGGGUAUUUUAUACUGUUUGGAAGAAGACUGAUAUUUGAAGCUGAAAGACUGCGCCACACAUGCUGCAUGAAAUGUGUAGGCUUGCCACAUGCUUUGUCUUGGCGUCUUGACUCUAAAUUAUAUGCUGUAGAUUAUUUUGAAACUUAGUCAUACUAUCAAUUGAUAAUUCUUUAAAUGGUUUUUAUUAUUUUAAUUUAAAAGCAAAUGCACAAUGUAUAUUUUGAUGAACUAGUAUGUUAUUUUUGAAAGUCAACUUAGCUGAAUUAGCAGCAAAAUUAUAGCUGCUGAAUGCACUGAACCUUUAGAAUGUGAUCAUUUUAUUAUGUUUAUUUUAGAACUUUGAACACCGGUUUUAAAAGUCAAUAUUAGAAUUUAGUGUGAUACUGUAGAUUUUUUUUUCUUCAACAUUCAUCAGUUUAAUAAUCAUGGUGUGACUUGUGCAUUUGUUGUCAAAUGAUCACUUUGCAUCCCUGAAAGAAAUUAAGAGUAGAUGUUAUUUUUUUAAUAAUACUUUCUAACUCACUGCGAUUUUUACAACUUUUUCAUGGUGAAUAAAAUUUCACCAUGAAAAAGUGACACAAAAGCACUAUCAUAAUUUAACAUCAUGGUAGUGUUAAAAUCUACCGUGUUUUUCACACUAUAAGACGCACCGGACCAUAAGACGCACAUUAGCUUUGGGAGGGGGGGGGAGGAAUCUGCCUCUGCCUCCCAGCAUCCAUCCAGUAUUUAUCUGGCUAGCGUCCUUGUAGCAAACAGCCUGAUCAGCUUUAGCAUGCUAUCGUAGCCCAGCACAUGGCUCAUGAGAGCUCCACUCCUUUGUGCCCACCACUGGUCAACUGAGCUGAGCUGCUGCCACCGCCAGGGAACACUGGAGCCUUUGCUGCUGAGCAGCUGAUUGGCGGUUGGAUCGGCCUCCCGGAAUACCGCCAAUCAGCUGUUCUAGGUGGCAAACGGUGAUAGACCGAGCUGGCAAUCCCUGCCACCUAGAACAGCUGAUCGGUGGUAUUCCGGGAGGCCGAUCCAACCGCAAAUCAACUGCUUGGCAACAAAGGCUCCAGCAUUCCCCGGCGGCAGCAAAUGGCAGCAGCAAUGACAGGCGGUGACAGUUGGCACCAACCCCCCCUCCCCCCACCACAAUAUUCACUCUAUAUUGCGAAUGCUGCACAGACUGAUGCUCAGACAUUUCCACCCACUUAUGGGGGGAAAUAAUGUGUCUUAUAGUGCGAAGAAUAUGUUAUGUUUUUGCUGCAUAAGAAUUAGCAUGAAAGUACUUGACCCUGGUUAUAGAAGGAAUGAACUGUUUAGUUUAUUUUUUCAUCAUCUGUUUAAUCUGAUAUAAAUCAUUAUCUUUCCACUUGCAAAGAGAUUUACGAGCCAAUUAAUAAUGGUAUAGUGUUGUACCAUUAUUGGUACACCAUUAUUGUACACCACCCAGAGUCGCUUGUUGUGAGAUGGGUGACCACAUAAAUGUGAUUGAUUGAAAAAAUAAAUGAAUAUAGUGUCAAAGAAUUAACUAGAAUGUAGUUUGAAAUGUCAAUCAAAAUCAGUCUGCGUAUUUAUUGUAAGUAGGGUAGAAUAGUAGAUCAAACAACUGUUAAAACUAUGGGGUGGACUAUUUUUCCAAAUUAAAUAUGAACAGUUGAAAUAUAUGUAAGAGUUCUUAGUGCUUACAUGCUCUUUUAGCUUUGAUACUAAUAUUCCUAGAGAGAGAAAUAUACAUUAAAAAUAGACACUAUGCUAGAAAUUCGCAGUAAGGACCUGCCCCAGCUGGUCCCUCAGGAAAGCAAGACUCUUAAAUCCAUUAAAUUGAAUCGAAAGAACUUUUACUGAGAGAAAGUGAUUGCAAGAAAGCAAGGUAGAAUCUGAAAAGUCCCACACAAAGCAAUUCUUUGGUUUCCCCAAGCCCAACCCCUGCUAACCAGUCCACCGGUAUCCAGUGUGAUGCCACACGAUUGUUUUGAGAAAGCUGAGAUACUAGGCCGAUAACAGUUCACCCUCAGGGCAUGGCAGCCUUGAAACCAGGCUGGAACCUGCUGGGAGAGAGUCCAGACAACGACCCUCCCUAAUUCCCAAGCAGUACAGCAAAAGCAAAAGCAUAAGCAUGUGAAAAUGCCAGCAAGCCUCCUUUCCCCUCCUCCCUUCCAACAGAAUGGCAGGACACGAUGGUGGACCUGAUACUCACCCUUUAACCAGUUUUAUCUAUGAUAAAUGGGAGAUUAGUUUGUACAGCACAAGGCACGUCCCAUUUCAUUCAGUGUGGUCUAGACCUAAAACAUUUCUGGUGUACCAUGUUGAUCUGAGACAUUUAGGAAUCUUGUAUUUAUAUUUUGUGCCAGUUGAGCCCAACCAUAUGGAUGGGAUAAAUCUUAUUGGUCUUAAGCCAUCAAUUAGCACAUAUGCUAUUUGAAUAUGCAUGUGGAAGCCUAUUAGAUUAUUGGAUCAAUGUCUCCCGGUAUGCUUCUGCACAUGGUGUGAAAUUAUAUUUUUGUAAAAUCUGUGUGUACUGAUUUUUUGUUUGCUCAUUGUGUUGCUAUAAACAGAUCCUGAAAAUAGUUGAGAUAUAGUUCUUAUUGUAAUGUUGAUGCAAUAAGAAAGCAAGAGAGAAUUAAAAUGUAUCAUUCCUUUUUUUUUCAAUCUUAAAAAUCAUUCAAUAAAAUUAUUUUCUUGUUAAUUAAAGAA